AUGUUUAACAAAAAAAUUGAACACUAUGUAAUACUUUAUUUGUUAAAACAAAUAAUAUUUAAACCGUAUGUGAGUGGAAAACCUAUAGAUACGGAGGUGCUAACGAUUUCUGAUGAUCAGUUGAAAUAUUUGGUUGAUAUUGUGUGUCCAGCAUUGGAGUCAUAUGUAGGUGUGGAACUGGAAAAUUGUCAAACGAGUUUCGCGGAAUCAAAAUUUCUGCCAAAUCUGGAUUUUGAUGACAGUUCAUCGGAACAGUCACACCUAGCGAAAGUCAGAUGCACUAAUCAAGACAACGUUAGAUUUCAAGUCGAACCCUCUCAAAAUUGGCAGCUGGUCGUUUUGGUACCUGAACCCACUAAUGAUACCGAAGCUGACAAGUACUCAAUAAACUACAGCCUAAUACCACCAAAAAUAGAGUACGAAGAAGUCAGCACAACACCCAUAGGAAACUACACACUUUGGAAUACAGACCUUCGCGUUCAAGAACCUUUGAAAUGGCGAGGAGGAUUCAUCCUACCACAAUAUAAUCAAGUGUCCAUUCCAGAACCCCAGAAGUAUGAUAUCAAUGUGGAGUUUUUUAAAGGAAAUGAAGAAAAGAACACAUUUUUAAACGGCCUAUUUACGUGGAACACAACUGGAGAGUUGGAUGUAUGCUUUGACGUCGUGAACUCGUGUGGAAAAUCCGGUAUUAGAGAUUUCAAGAUAUGGCCCGAUUCCAAAGCACACAAGUUUUUGUACAACUUGCCAUUAGACGACAAAUGUGACAUACGAGUGACUGGCCUGUACGGAACCACUAAGCUUUCCUACCGGACGCCAAAGUGCGACGAUGGUGUUAAAUGUUUACUCAGUAAUAGAACACCAGAGAUUCCCACGAAUGUUUCAAUUGAAGCGACAGAGGACACGGCAGAUACGUGGAAUGUACAUGUAGCUUGGUCACCACCGCUCUACCCUGUGGAACUAUACAAUAUCACGUUACACGCAAAGGACGUAAAGAGCCUAAAGGUACCAGGGAAUGAGACUGAAGUGGUCUUCAAGGGAAUUUCUGGUUUUGGCCUCUACUAUGUUGAACUACACGCUAAACUUGGCAGAAAAACCGCAAUCACCAGCAGACGAGCAUUUUUCCCAGCUCACCUGAUGCCGGAAAGCGAGGUGGCGGCGCGCGGGGCGGCGCUUGGUGCGGCCGCGUGCGCCGCCGCGGUUCUCGCCAUCGUCUGUGUGUGGCGCCGGGUGCGCAGCCCCUACAGGCCCGACGAGCCGCCGAGCGACGAACCGCCGAAAAAAGGCGACAUCGAUGGAAUAAGCACAACAAUGGAAAUAGAAGACAGUUGGGAGAUUCGGUUGGACAAGCUCCUGUUACACGAAGUCAUCGGAGAAGGAGCGUUCGGCGUUGUGAGACGCGCCACGCUCGCUCCCAACGGAACAAAUGUCGCUGUUAAAAUGCUCAAAGACUUCCCAUCACUCGACGAGAUCAGGUCAUUUAGGUCGGAAAUGGAGCUGAUGAAAAGCGUGGGAGUCCACCCACACCUUGUGAGUCUGGUGGGCGUCUGCAGUGGACGUCGUCCGCUCAUCAUUGCCGAGUACUGCAGUCGAGGCGACCUGCUCACUUAUUUGAGGUGCACGUGGGAUAUUAUGGUUUCUAAACGUAACGCUAAGAACUAUAACAAUAACAUCGACUCAUCAGACUACAGAAAUGACCUGUUCAAAUGUAAAAUGCAGAUGGAAAAUUCUAAACUCGUCGUGAACAAACUUUAUGAGCUUCAGGACAUAUGUGACAGAGAGCUUACAUCAUUAGACUUGCUGUCCUUUUGCCGGCAGAUCGCCAUGGGCAUGGAAUUCUUGGCAGCUAACCGUGUAGUGCAUAGGGAUUUGGCAGCAAGGAAUAUAUUAGUAACUGGAGAUAGGACGCUGAAGAUUGCAGAUUUUGGAUUAUCCAGGGAUGUGUAUGAAGAGAAUCAGUAUAAGCAAAAGGGUAAUGGGAAGAUGCCUGUAAAGUGGAUGGCGCUGGAGUCGUUGACAAGGAGGAUUUAUACUACUGCGAGUGACGUGUGGUCUUUCGGUGUAGUGAUGUGGGAGGUGGCCACCGUCGGAGAGGCGCCGUAUGCCUCGACACCGGCGGCCCGACUGCCGAGGUUAUUAAGAGCGGGUUACCGCAUGCCACCUCCCGCCAACUGCAGCCCACAAUUAUAUGACGUGAUGUUGUCGUGCUGGCGCGCGGAGCCGCGCUGCCGACCCACGUUCGCGGAGCUGCACGCGCGCCUGGACCAGCUGCUGCACGACGCCAGCUCGCACCCCUACCUCGCGCUCGAGCUAGAGCCUACUGAUGCCCCGCCCACGCCUAAAUCUCACCGAUACUUCAAGAUGCUUAUCAGGGGUAAACACAAUUGGUCGCGAGGUGAGAGCUACGAGCGGCCGCUGAAACCCCUACAGAGCAACCACUACACGUCUCCGCCACAGGUGCUCAGCAAGGUGCCCGCCGUGUAG